UACUUCUCUCCCCACUACUAUCUGCCAAUAUGUCUUACAACGGUUAUAAUGGCGGCGGCGCCAGCGCCAGCUACUACGACAACAACAACGACUUCUCCGACGAGCUGCGCGGAGCCGCCCAGCACGCCGAACGCGGCCACUCGGCGCCCGACUCCUCGUCUCUCUUCGGCGAAGCGGUCUCCUUCAUCCAAGGCCGAGCAAGCGAAUACAUGUCCGGUGGUGGUGGUGGUGGUUCCUCCGGCCCCGCGGUGGACGAGAACCAGAUGGUCCAGGCACACCAGGCUGUGUACGGACAGGGGUCGCAGGGCGGAGGCCAACAGCAUAGCUCUGAGACACUUGGUGCCGGGGCGGCAAUGCAGGCGCUUAAGAUGUUUGGAUCGGGCUCGUCUGGUUCGUCGGGGAGUAUGAAUGAGUUUAUCGGCAUGGCGAUGUCGCAGGCGGGGAAUCUCUGGGAUCAGCAUUCCGCGUCGGGGAGUGUGGCCGGCUCGAAGCAGUCGGCGAUCAACUCUGCGGCUGAGAUGGCGAUGAAGAUGUACAUGAAGAGCGGGGGUAGUGGGCUGGGAGGAACGGGUGGACCGGCUGGCCUGAUGAGUCUGGCGAGCAAGUUUCUGUAGAUAUCCUAUCCAUUAUACAUUAUGAAUAUAUAUAUAUGUGUGCGUGAAUGGC